UUCUUCCAAGUCUUCGGUCAUCGUUUCCGGGUGGAAUAUUACUGUUCUGCUUCGUCUCAGCUUCUUCCAUUCCGAUUCUUCUUCUAGUCUCCUCCUCCUCUUCUCUCCUCUCCUGAGGGAUCCUCUGAGGAGUCAGUGAGCCGAGAUGAUGCCCUUCUCCUCCUCCUCGUUGCCGCAGAGGGCGGCGGCGGCGCCCGGCCGGGUCGAGAAGCCUGCGGUCCGAGUCGAGAAGGCUACCAGUCAUCUCUUGGUCGGCCCUGAUUGGACCAUGAAUAUGGACAUCUGCGACACCGUCAACAACGAUCAGUGGCAAGCCAAAGAAGUGCUUAAAGCAAUUAAGAAACGGUUACAAAACAAGAAUCCAAAGGUUCAGUUUCUAGCUUUGACGCUGUUGGAAACAAUGGUAAAAAAUUGUGGCGAGUAUGUACAUUUUCAAGUUGCUGAACGGAAAAUUCUUGAAGAAAUGAUCAAAAUUGUUAAGAAAAAGACAGACAUGCAAGUACGGGAUAAAAUUUUAGUACUACUGGACUCUUGGCAAGAAGCAUUCGGCGGGCCUAGCGGAAAGUAUCCUCAGUACUAUUGGGCGUAUAUUGAAUUGAAGAGAUCUGGAAUAGCUUUUCCACAAAGAUCAGCAAAUGCUCCACCAAUAUUCACUCCUCCUGUUGCACGUUCAGAAUUAACAUCUGCGUAUCACCAAUCAGGCGUUGGAGCUCCAAUAGCUACUUCUGUAAGCCUCAACACAGCAAUGGCAUCUGACACAGGAAAUCUAAGUCUAUCAGACUUUAGUCGCAUCAGGGAUAUGAUAGAGCUAUUGCGGGAAAUGUUACAGGCAGUCAACCCAAAUGACCGUGAGGCUGUGAGAGAUGAGUUGAUCGUUGAGCUAGUGAACCAGGGUCGCUCUAACCAAAAAAAGCUUAUGAACUUUAUUGGAUCUACCGGGGAUGAAAAGCUAUUAGGGGAAAGUCUGGAACUGAAUGAUGAGUUGCAAAGUUUGCUUGCAAGACAUGAUGCCAUAGCUGCUGGAACUCCUUUGCCUUCUGAAACAUCAAAGUCACUACCAUCCGCUACAAAGCCUAUCGAGCCUCCUCCAUUCAAAAGUAAUCCAGCUGAAGAUGAUGAAUUUGAAGAUGACUUUGAUGAAUUAGCUCGCAGGAACUCGAAGCUUAAGCAAGUUACUUCAGGGAAUAGUACAUCAGUUAACAGCUCUGACUCCCUUGCGUCCUAUCGGAGUGAUAUAACCACUGUGACGGAGUCAAGCACUUCAUCCUCUACGAUGAGCAAUGCAUUGGUUCCAGUUGACUAUCCGCUUGAUCCACCACCUCAUGUCAAAGUCCAAAAGGAAGAGCAAGACAUGAUUGACCUGCUGAGCAUCACUUUGUCAACUUACUCUUCUUCACCGAGCCCACCCACGACACCUCCAUUAGUUUCAAACCAAUAAUAUGGAGCACCUGCAACUCCAACUGAACCGAGCUACUCAUACUACUCUCAGCCUUCCUAUGUUCCAGUAGCCAAUCAUGCAUACGCACCCUACAACAGUUACGUCGCGCCUUGGGCACAGCAGGUGUUAUCUCCACCCAUAAUGCAGCCUCAGACACCCCUUCAGUAUUCCCCUUCAUGGACUGCUGCCAAUGUUAGCUCGCCUCGCACUGUUAAUAUGCCUGCUUAUUCUUCUAGGCCUCUGCAGAACUACAACUCCUUUGGAUCUAGAGCAAAUGGUUUUACUGCUGCUGCCGGUGUAGGAGAAACACCUGCAAAUGCAAACAGCUCUGCGUCGUAUGUGCUUCCUAACAGAUUGUUUGAGGAUUUGAUAGAUUUCAGAAGCUCAACCACUGGAACAAAAACAAGCACCAGAUCCCCUUUUUCAGGUGCAUCAGAACAACCUAUGAUCCGUCAGAAGAAAUAAUAAUAAUGCUUUUAAUUUGUUAAGUAGAAUACAUGUUUGUAUAUAUAUACAUAUAUAUAUACAUUCUGAUUGCCGAUUUGCUGUUUCGUAUACAGUUAGUUCCAUCUCACUCGAAUGCAAACAUUUUAUUUAUGUACAGUAUGAAACACGUGUAGUAUUAGAUCGUAUGAUGAUGAGAUUGGAUUUGUGUACUAGCUUUCACGCUGCCUCUCCUUUCAAUAUUUCA